CCCUCUAGCGGACACAGGUGAUCGCGAACAAGGUGAAUACUCGUGCCUCUCUGGAGAAUGCAACAGUGCUGAGUCAAUGGCUGACUUUUCUCGGAGUUUCUCGUUACUCACUUGUUAACGUUCUUUACGAUUUACACCAAAAUCAGUUUUUUGGACGAUGGAAAGUUUUGUUUCUUGUUGGACCUGUCAUCCAGCUUCGGCGCGUAUUCCGAUCUUCGCGUGACUCCUCCUUUCCUCUGCCCACUGCUGCUGCGGUUAACGCGGACAGCAUGACAACUUUUCUCAGGAUAACCCUGUUCAAAACGCGUAAGACUCUAAAUGCUACACUUCUUUACUGACAAGUUCUUCUAACACACAAAAAGCAAAGUCCUGAGAGAUGGCGUCUAAUAUUAUAGUGGAACAGCAGUUUUCUCAUAAGUUUACAGUCACAGUGGUCAAAGCUGAGAGUGUGACCAAAGGAGCGCUGGGAGACUUAUUGGACACUCCAGACCCCUAUGUGGAGCUGUUCAUCCCCACUGCCCCCGAGAGCAGAAGAAAAACCAAACACAUAGACAACGACAUCAACCCAAAAUGGAACGAGACUUUCCAGUUCAUCCUCGACCCAAACCAGCCCAAUGUCCUGGAGAUAACGCUAAUGGAUGCCAAUUAUGUGAUGGAUGAGACUCUUGGAACAGCGUCGUACGAGUUAAACAAACUCAAUGUCGGGGAAACCAAGACAGAGACUUUCCUUAUUGGCAAAGCCACCAAAGUACACUUGAAAAUGUCUUUGGAGAUCUGCACAAACCAGGACUUGCGCUUCAGUGUGGCUCUGUGUGAUAAAGAGAAAGAGUUCAGACACACGCGCCGAGAGAGAGUGAUGCUGGGGAUCAAGAAACUACUGGACAUGGAGAAACCACGCUACCUGCCCAGUGCACCAGAGGAGGUGCCAGUGAUCGCCAUAGCAGGGUCUGGAGGUGGCUUUCGGGCCAUGGUCGGGUUCUCUGGAGUUAUGAAGGCCCUGUUUGAGUCUGGGGUCCUGGACUGUGCCACUUACAUCGCAGGCUUGUCUGGGUCCACAUGGUACAUGUCCAGUCUCUACUCACACCCGGAUUUUCCAAAUAAGGGCCCAAAGGAGAUAAACAAGGAGUUGAUGAAUCGAGUGAGCAGUAACCCUCUGAGGCUCCUGCUCCCCCAACACAUCACCAACUACAUCCAGGCUCUGUGGACCAAGAAGGCCACGGGUCAACCUGUCACCUUCACCGAUAUAUUUGGGAUGCUCAUCGGAGAGACGCUUAUACCUGCGAGGAUGGACACCAGACUGAGUGACAUUCAGAACAAAGUGGACCAGGCCCAGAGCCCCCUCCCUCUCUUCACUUGUCUGCAUGUCAAACCAGACGUCUCAGAGCUCAUGUUUGCAGACUGGGUGGAGUUCAGCCCUUAUGAAAUCGGGAUGGCCAAGUACGGUACGUUCAUGACCCCGGAUCUGUUUGGGAGCAAGUUUUUCAUGGGAACUGUUGUGAAGAAAUAUAAGGAGAACCCUCUGCACUUUCUGAUGGGCGUGUGGGGCAGCGCCUUCUCCAUCCUGUUUAACCGCGUGAUAGGAGUCAAGGAUACCAUCGGGGGCAGCACCAUGGAGGAAGAGCUCGAGCAGAUCAAACCUCAGCACAUUGUGGGAGAGGACAGUCUGGACAAUGACGAUGAGCCACGGAAAGCAGCGGGAUCAGAAAACCCAGAGGCAGAGGAGGAGUACCACCGCACGGCUCAGGCCAGCUGGGUCCAGAGAAUGUUCACUUCUUUCGUCAGUGACUCUUCUCUAUUUAACACGAGAGAGGGACGAGCGGGGAAGGUUCAUAACUUCAUGUUGGGGCUUAACCUGACCCCCAGCAUCCCGUAUAAUCUGCAGUACACCUGUGAGGCCCCCACACCUGAGGAUGAAGUAGACGCUGUCACAGACCCAGACGAGUUCGAUCGCAUUAAUGAGCCUCUGGAUGUGAAGAGUAAGAAGAUCCAUGUGGUGGACAGUGGAUUGACCUAUAACCUCCCGUACCCCCUCAUCCUCAGACCACAGCGCACAGUGGACCUCAUCAUUUCGUUUGACUUCUCCGCAAGACCCAGUGACUCCAGCCCCCCAUUUAAAGAGCUUUUACUGGCGGAAAAAUGGGCCCGGAUGAACAGACUUCCCUUCCCAAAGAUAGACCCCAAAGUGUUUGACCGUGAGGGGCUCAAAGAAUGUUACAUCUUCAAACCACGAAAAGGAGAGAAGAACUGCCCCACCGUGAUCCACUUUGUCCUCGUCAACAUCAACUUCAGGAAGUUCAAGGCGCCUGGUGUUCCCAGAGAGACGGAGAAGGAGAAGGAAGCUGCAGAUUUUGACAUCUUUGACGAUCCAGAGACGCCAUUUUCCACUUUUAACUUCCAGUACAACAACAAGGCCUUUACCCAACUGCACGAUCUCAUGGAGUUCAACACCCUCAACAACCUGGAGGUGAUUAAAGAGUGCAUUAAAGACUGCAUCGUGGCCCGUAAGGAAACCCCCAUGUGCGGCGGUCUCCCUUUCUCCCUCAGCGCCAUUCCCAAAAAGAAGUUCGUCAAACGGGACUCCCAAACCAAACCCUGGAAUAACUUUGAAAACAACAAACAAUAGUGGGGAAAAAAAUCCAGAAUUUUUGUGAAACUGAACUUUAGUUUUUUACAUUGUUUCUGCUUUUGAAACAAGAAUACCUGUGAAACUUAUCUUGACGUAGCAUAUUUGCACAGCUGCUGCAAAAAUGGUUACAGACACGUUUCUGACUGGAGGUACCACGGGACUGAAUUGUUCUUAUUAUUGACAUGAGCUGAUUAUAGACUUUUAUGUCUUAUGCUCUUUUACAUUACUUUAUAUGGCAUGAAACUGUAUAAUGCAUUUUUUUUAAUCAGCUCUCUGGAAAUUGCUUUUUGGGGUCUUCCAAUAGCUGUGAGGUCACCGAUGUUUGCCAUGUUUUAGCAUUGAAUAUUUUUGAUUUCCUGUUACCAUUCCAGGUCGACCAGGUGUACUGUACCGAUAAGAAAGGGACCAAAAUAUGUGUUUUUAUUUAAUACCUUUUUAUUGGGUUAUCACAUCAUUUUUGGAACUUAAAUUAAUAAAUGUCACAGGAAUUCAAAUUUAAAUAUUUGGUUUUGUGUGUAAAACAGUGCCUACCUUAAGAAAACAUUAAAACGCAACUGUGAAAUAUUUAAAAAUUGCACAUCAUAAAGGUGCACUGUGUAACUUUUUCCAGUGGAGGGUCCGUCAUCUGCUUGUUUUCAUGGAGAUGCCAAGGGGUACCUGGAUGUGCCACUUGGUAUGGUAUUAAACAUACAUAUUUCCAUGGAGGCAAACAGGUGACUGGUCAGAUCUGUGGAGAGGCGAUCUCAAUUCUAGAAAUAAUGUGUGUUUAUCAAGGUAUUUUUGAGAAAUAAAAACAACUGUAGUUGAAUAAAUUCAAUACCAUGGGAUGGCAGCGUCUCAGUGAUUAGAGCAGUGGUCCCCAAACCCCUAGCCAGGCUGGCGCCACCUAGUGCCUCCUCUCAAUUUCAUUUCUCCCCAGUGACUAGGUCAGGAAUCAGAAUACACCAGACGGUUUGCAAGAACCCUAGAAGUUGUAGACCACGCUCCGGCCAAUCAGUGAAGAGCUGUGAAGCCAUGACAUUAUUGCCCUUCUUCCUAUGGGAUUUGGGAAAAGCUUAAUAUACCAGUUAGCCCCGUUAAGGCGCAUUACAUAUGUCACAACCAAAUAGCAGCGUUUGGUUAAAUAAAAAAGGUCAGAUGGUUUCCAUGAAGUGAAACCGGCUGAUGAAUCAGGCAUCAAACCCCAAGGUUGUAGGAUCAAUUCACACUUGGACCAAGUUCUGUGGUUGUGUCCUUAGCCAAAACUCAUUACCCAACUUUGUGGUAAUGCUAGUGGUAGUGGACCUCUCACCAAAAAGUUCCACAGUGCACAUUUAUGUUACAAACUCUAUGCAAAAGUCUUUAUUCAAUCUGCAAGCUUUUCUAGAUGUUUUUGUAAUAUUCUAUAUUAGGUGAGUCAGGGUAUUUUUUGGUUUAAACUUUUGCACCCUUGUCUUAUUACCAUACUGAGUGAUUUUUAUGAUUGAAAUGUGUUUUGUGUUUCCUUUAUCUAUUAUUCUUAAUCACUUUUGAAAUAACAUUACCUGUAUUUUCCCCAAGUCAUUCAAGUUCAUCUGAAACAGUAGGAUACCCAUCAAAACAGUAUAAGGGCUACCGUGAUAACUGGUCCAAACUUGUAAUCCGUUUUAAAUAGCAGAGGAGGUAGUCACGAGAUGAUCUUACCCCGGUGGAGACCUCAAACGCCUCAUGUUUACCCACCUACAGCACAGGCGCGCCCACCAUUUUGGAAAACAACUGUGUCGCCAUGGAAACGGACUCUCACUUUCCCCCCAUGUGUGCGAUGGGGCAGAGGUGCGGUCCCUGAUGGUUUAACUUCAAAGUGCAUUUGACAGAUUAAUAUGUUUUUAUUUAAUCAUUGCUCCGUUUGAUGGGAUAGUAGCUGUGGUAAAUAUUUAUCAUAGUUUUACAUCAGUUAAGUGGGAGAUUGUGGGAAAAUGCACAAAACAAAAAGUUGGAAAAAACAGGAAUUAGUGGUGAGUUUAAAAACAGAAUCCCUCUACCAGUGUUAUCAAAUAUCAAUUACAUCCAAAAUGCUGGGACAGUUUGCACACAAGGGAGGCAUUUAUCUGACAGUUUAAAGGCUCUGUAUUAAGCUUUAAGUCAUGUUAGAAUGUUGUGAUCUCCUCGAAAACAUGGAGUUGUGUUUUGAUAAAUUCACACAUAAUGUCAACAAGGGUCAAAUCUAGUCUAAAUUACACAAUAGUUAUGAGUAGAUUAAUAAAAAUUAUUUACAACACCUUUAUGUAGUUAAAAGACAGUAUAAACUGUCUGAAAAUGUCUUCCUUGUGUGUAAACUGUGCAUUUUGAAUGGAAUUUUCCUUUCCUUGUUUCCUUGUUUUAAAACCCACAGUUACUUCCUGUAUCUUCUUUGUAUUUUUUCUUGUAAACUUCUUUUCCUCAAACUUUUUUUCCUAAACUUAACUGAGGUAAAACUGUGAUAAAUAUUUACUACAGGCUGUGGUGGAAGAAGUACACAACAGAUACCAGAGCAAAAAAAUACUCAAGAAAAAGUAUCACAUGAAAAAAUCUAAUUAAGUAAAAAUGUGAAAGGACCUGUUUAAAAAUGUACUUAAAGAAUUAAAAGUAUUUCACACGAUUUUGAGGUCUUAUGAAGCUUCAGAUCUAGUGAUUUUCUAGCUGUUUUUCUUUGUGUAUUUGUGUUUGCUCAAACUAUGAAUGUGUUAAAAAAAUAAACCCUCAGCCUUUUUUAGCAGGUCUCAGACAAUCAUAAAAAAAUAUUUUUACUUUUCAGUCCAGUUCAAAAAUGUAAUGGAGUAGAAAGUAAAGAUACCUGCUUUCAAAUGUAGUGAAGUAAAAGUAAAAAGUAUUCACUUGAAAAUGUACUAAAGAUACCUAAAAUGUGUACUUUUACUUUAUGUUAUGUUAUGUUCCAUCACUGACUACAGGUACUAUCCUAUUAAAUAAGAAAAACAUGAAAAUCUGUCAUACACACUGUAAUAUGUACCUCUUCAAAGCUAAAGUGAAUGUACAUGGUAGUUAAUGGUAGUUAACGGUAGUUAAUGGUAGAUAAUGGUAGUUAAUGGUAGUUAAUGGUAGUUAAUGGUAGUUAAUGGUAGUUAAUGGUAGUUAAUGGUAGUUAAUGGUAGUUAAUGGUAGAUAAUGGUAGUUAGGGUAUUAGGUAGGGACUUUUAGUGAUCUUUCACAUACAGAUCCCAGUGCUUUGAAAUGGUACAAUUAUAUGGAGAUGACUGUUUCUGAAGAGAGUACAACUUCUGAUAUUGUUGUAUGAUAAUAAAUUAGACUUUUCUUGAAAACCCAAAUUGAAUGUAAUUUUGUUCACGUGUACACUUUCUGUACAACCACUGAGAGGUUUGUAAAUGAAUGACUAAGAAAACAUUCUUAUUUAAAUAAUGGGACCACAUACAUAUACACAUACACAUAAAUAUACACAUACAUGUAUAUAUACACAUACAUGUACAUAAACACAUACACAUAAAUAUCCAUACACAUGUACAUAUACACAUACACAUACACAUAAAUAUCCACAUACAUAUACAUAUACACAUAAAUAUACACAAACUUAUACAUAUACAUUCAAAAGAUAUUUGAAAGAUACUUUUUACUUUUACAUAUGAGAGCAGGUAUCUGUACUUUAUACUCAUUUUUGGACUGAAAAAUAAAAGUAUUUUGAUUACAAUCUGAGACCUGCUGAAAAGGCUUAUGAACUUACUUUAACACAUUUGUAGUUUGAGCAAAGAAAAAUAUACAAAUAAAUACUAAAUAAAAAUAUCUAUUCCAUUGUUGUCUCAAAGUCUUCACAAAAUGCUUUGACUUUUUCCUCUUCAAAUACGUUUUUAAAUGGGUAUUUUAAUACUUUUACUAGUAUUUUUUGCUCCAGUAUCAUCCAGUACUUUUAGUUAAACUUUAGUAAGAAAAUUGUAUACCACACUGUGAAACAUUUCAGGCUAUGCCAUAAUAUAUCCAUGGUGAUGAGCAGAAAUAUUUUGCAGUGCAAUUUUAAAGGGGCACUGUGUAACUUUUGGGUCCACCACUUGCUUGACUCCAUGCUUUUUCCCCCCCUGAAAUGUUCAACAGUAUGGCAUUUAAUUUAACCAUCUCCAUGAAGACAAGCAACUCACAUCAUCAGGCCAAGUUACGGGUCAGAUCUGUGGAGAAGUGGCCCUGAGCACAGUAAUAAUGCAUGUGUUCACAGUAAUUUUAAGAAAUAAAAACACCUGUAAUUGAAUUGAUACAAGAUAUAUCUGUUCAAUGUCAUAAUGUAGGACACGUCAGGCAAAGUAAUAACAUCAUCAUGGAGACAAGCAGAAAAGUUACACAGUGUACUAUACAGUCAUUUUGAGAGGCUGGCAUAACUUUUUGCAGUGCGUAUGUAUGUGUAUGUGUGUUGUAUGUCUGUUUCAUGUCUAGUGAACAGUCUGCAUGGCCCAAAUCCUAUAGACUGGACUGCGGUUGUUUGCAUUUGUCAGUGGAAUUUCUCACUUUCCCCCUGCAGCCUGAGAAAUCACAGGAAUCUGACACAGAGCCUCCAGCGCUUUCACUAUUCUCCCACUGUGGAAAUGUACAGACACCAUUUACCAUUUACAACAAGCCCAAGGUCCUUCCAUACGACUGACUGGAACAGGCUUAAAUCAGCAGAGUCAUGACUACUGUGUGGAUUCUUUAGUUUGUGGUGGAUUCUUUAGUUUGGGGCUGAAUCAUUGUUGGUAUUGGGUUAGUAGUCAUCUUGAAAUAGCUGGUUCUAAUAAUACACAUAAAACCUUUUAUUCUUAUAUCCUCUCUGACCAUAGACUGUACAAAGAAGUGGACUAAGGGAAUGUGAGUCACCCAUAGUGUUUGGCUCGGGUCAAAUGAAGCUCACGAGUCUGGCAGUUAUAUGAGCGGAUUUUGAGUUGAUUUCUGAUUAGGAAUAGGAAUUUAUUUACAGACAAAAUAGCAAAAUAAAAACACCAGGAGCGGGUUAAUACAAAUAUUCUAAGAUCAAAAUGAGGCUCACUGCAGUUGUUACAGAGAGAGGAAGUCAGAAUAUGGAUGGGGUUUCUUGGGGAUUUGUUGUAUUUUUGAAUGAAUUGUAAAGAAUAUUUCGCUCAAGGGUGCUGUGUUUGUAUGAAAUUUGAAAAUAAAAUAUUGAUACUUACUGA